ACCAUAGAGAGCCGGAAAAAGCCUGAGCAGAAGGGUCAGAAAGGAAAGAAGAGGGUUGCGUAGGUGUGGUUAGUGCUAAAAUGACGACUUUAGUGUUGGAUAAUGGAGCCUACAAUGCCAAAAUCGGUUACAGCCAUGAAAAUGUCUCGGUUAUUCCUAAUUGUCAAUUCAGGUCAAAAACAGCACGCCUUAAAACUUUUACUGCUAACCAGAUAGAUGAAAUAAAAGACCCUUCUGGACUCUUCUAUAUCCUUCCUUUUCAAAAGGGCUACUUGGUGAAUUGGGAUGUUCAAAGACAAGUUUGGGAUUACCUUUUUGGAAAAGAAAUGUAUCAGGUUGAUUUUUUAGAUACUAAUAUUAUUAUCACAGAACCAUAUUUUAACUUCACUUCAAUUCAAGAAUCAAUGAAUGAAAUUCUAUUUGAAGAAUAUCAGUUCCAAGCAGUAUUAAGAGUAAAUGCUGGGGCUCUCAGUGCACAUAGGUAUUUCCGAGAUAAUCCUUCUGAAUUAUGCUGUAUCAUUGUUGAUAGUGGAUAUUCCUUUACACAUAUAGUUCCUUAUUGUAGAAGUAAAAAGAAAAAAGAAGCAAUUAUUCGGAUAAAUGUGGGAGGAAAACUUUUAACCAACCAUCUAAAGGAAAUCAUAUCUUACAGGCAGCUACACGUUAUGGAUGAAACACACGUGAUUAAUCAAGUGAAAGAAGAUGUAUGCUAUGUGUCUCAGGACUUUUACAGAGACAUGGAUAUUGCAAAGUUGAAAGGAGAAGAAAAUACAGUAAUGAUAGACUAUGUUUUGCCUGACUUCAGUACAAUUAAGAAGGGCUUUUGUAAGCCAAGGGAAGAGAUGGUGUUGAGUGGAAAAUAUAAAUCUGGAGAACAAAUUCUUCGUCUGGCCAAUGAGAGAUUUGCUGUUCCAGAAAUACUCUUUAAUCCUUCUGAUAUAGGCAUCCAAGAAAUGGGAAUUCCAGAAGCUAUUGUCUAUUCAAUUCAAAACUUACCUGAAGAAAUGCAACCACAUUUUUUUAAGAACAUUGUCUUGACAGGAGGAAAUUCCCUCUUCCCAGGAUUUAGGGAUCGAGUUUAUUCAGAAGUUCGAUGUCUCACUCCCACAGAUUAUGAUGUUUCUGUUGUGCUGCCUGAAAACCCUAUUACUUAUGCCUGGGAAGGUGGAAAACUGAUAUCAGAAAAUGACGAUUUUGAAGAUAUGGUGGUUACAAGAGAAGAUUAUGAAGAAAACGGACACAGUGUCUGUGAAGAGAAAUUUGAUAUUUAAGAAACAUUUCUGAAUGAAAGCUUUGAUUGGUUGAAACUGAAAAAUUUGUUAUUUUUAAAGGCGCUUAAGGACCUGUGUUAAUGUUUCAUUGUUGAACAAAGUCUUGAACUUAUGUAAAUAUUUCAAUCUGUGGCUAAUUUUCAAAGAGUCUUAGGUGGGUCAUUGUAGUAAGCUGUAACUCAGCCCAUGUUUUCACUUCGGAGCUGUUUAUGCUGUUUCUGAAAAUAUCCUUAGAAGAUGAAAGAGUGAAUGCAGUUGAGUUCUUCAUAGGUGAAAACACAGUCAUAACUGUCUCCCCACUCGGUUUUCAAUAGAAGGUAGUUUUGUGGGACUUUGACUUGGCAUUAGCCAAAAUGUUUACAUAUUUUAGUUCUCUAUUUCUUAGAACUAAGCAUUUUAUUUAAAAGUUGUAAUCUUAUUUAUACAGAAUAAAGAGGACUAAUAUAUGUAUGUAUAAUCAUUUUUUAUUUAAAGUAUGUUUGAAAAGUGGAGACUAAAGCCAGUUACUGAAGGUUUUUUGGUCACUAUUAUUCUGGAAGAAAUGUGUUUUGUUUUAAAAAUUUCUUUAGUAUCAUCCACAGUAAACAUUAACAUUAAACAUAAACAUUAGCUUUUCUAGGACUGGGAGUGUAGCUCAGUAGUAGACCACUUGCCCAGCCUAAGGCCCUGCAUUUGAGCUCACCACCACCAGAGUAAAAGUACAGCUUUCCAGUUUAAGGAAACAGCUGACUCAGUAGUGAAUGGAUCACACAGGCUUUUUGGACUACAAGCAGAAGAAACUUCCUUGGGUUAACUUCAGCAAGACAAAAGUUAUCAGGACAGAAGAUAGUUUGUAAAAUCUAAGCAAAAGCUGGGCCAACAGCCUUAGGAAGGAUAAAAAUAGGGUAACUUUAGGAAUCUAGGUUAUAGAAGCUGAGAGUCAGACCUUCUAGAGUCCUACCAUCAAAAUAUCUCAGCUCUUUUAUUUUUUUAAUAUUGUGCCAUUGUGCUCAUGAGUCAAAUGCCUAGCAGUCUGUUUACCCUUACCUGGGAUUAUAUGUCAGUCCUAUGGUUUGAGGGGCUUUGAUGGAGAGCCCUACUCAGAUGUUUAAAAACAGUUCUUUCCCGAAAUAUCAUUGAGGUGAAAACAUGGAUGUUGAGUAGGGUGAAAGAGCUGUCUACUCCAGUCAUAUUUUGGAUUCUAUUGGGUUAGGGUCUGGUCCCAGUAAUUCCUAGACCGAGUCUGGUUAUCAUUACAGAGUUGCAAAGUGA